AUGAAGCAAAAUUUCAAAGGAAUAGUUGUUUCUUCUGGUUUAAUGAAAAAAACUGUAAAAGUAAGAGUUGCACGGCGUGUUAUGCAUCCUAGAGUCCAAAAAAUGAUUAUUUUACACAAAAAUUAUUUAGUACAUGAUGAGGAUUCAGCCUGUGAAAAUGGAGAUGUCGUUAAAAUAGAGGCAUGUCGUCCUUUAUCAGCACGGAAGCAUUUCUCAGUUGCACAAAUUCUUCAAAAAGCCAAAAUUUCACAAAGUAUAAUAGAUCAAGCAAAUCAACAAAUUUCUACUAAUAACAAAUCAAACGUAGAAUCUCAUAUACAAAAGGAAAAGUAG